AUGGGGUCGGCUGUCGGCUGCAUUGCUUCUUUUCCUCCUCUCUCCAUCCGCUGUCUCAGCUCUCCCACAGCGCAGCUCCCACACCACAUCCUGCACAUCGUCCGCGCCACCCACACCGACCACACGAAAACGCACACCGCGGACGGGCUGCAGAUGACGAAGGAGGAGACCACGCUCAGCGUCGUCACCGGCGACGAGAAGAAGGGGGCGCCGCCGACGACAGCGAUGACGAAUGGCACGAAGACGACGGCGCUGACCCUGCCCCUCCCCGCCCCCGACACCCCGCUCUCGCCCUCCCUCACGCCGACGCUGGCGAAUCCGCGCGGGUCUGUUGCAGCGAUGGUCGUCGAUCUGACCCCGACGCCGCCGCCAUCGGCGAAGCGGACGUCGUUCCCGACGGCGGGCCCGGGCUCGGCCCCGCGCACGCCGACGACACCGAGCACCCCGACCGCAGAUAAGCCGACCAGCUCCAGGCCCGCCCCGCAGUCGCCCGCCCCGUCGCUCUCGAGACGGACGUCGCUGGCCAGGAGCGCGAGCUCAGCGAGCUCACGGAGGGCGAGUGGCAGUCAUGCGAGCUCCGCGGGAGGGGGAGGAGCCAGUAGACGGACGUCGAGGGUAUUGGCGGGGGUGAGACACAGCCUGAGCAUGAGCGUCAGUGCUGCGGAGCUCGAGGGCAACAACGGGCAAGCGCAAGAGCCGCCGAAGACGCCAGCCACAGUCAUCACAGCUACAACGACAACGGCAGAACCCCUCGCCAUCCAGCCAAAAGCACGCACCCCCCGCCCGCCCAUCCGGAUCCGCGACUUUGCCUACGUGGCCGACGAUGCGCGGGGCGUUGGCGCGGGCGAGGAAGCGCCCAAUGCGUGUAAGCCGGAGCUGCUCAACCGCAGGCUAAACGGGUCGCCCUGCCCGUCGCCAACGGGCCCGCCAGCACAAGAUGAUGAUGACGAGGAGGACGACGGCUGGGGCGGGUACCGCUACCCGCAGAUGGGCACGCGCCUCGACUUCGGGCUCGGCAACGGGGACAGACGGGCGAGUGCACAUCUCAGUGCGGAGGAUUUCGCGCGAAACUUUGCUGAGGAGGAGCAGGAGACGGAGGGGUAUGCGGGCGGGCUGGCCCCGGGGAUAUAUCGUGCGCAGUUCGCGUUUGGCGCGGAAGGUGGCGAGGCGGAGAUGCCGUUGGAGGAGGGACAGCUGAUUUAUGUCGCGGGCAGCGGAGCGACGAUGGUGCCUGACCAGGAGCAGGCACCAGAAGAAGAGGACGACGAAGGCCCCGCACCGCAAUGGGCGGUCGCCUGGCUGCGGCACCCGCCGCUCAUCCGGCCCGACCUCGACGUGCUCGCCGUCCAUGCGCUCAUCGGAUCGCGGACCGACAUGGGCGCGCGCUGGGCGGAGCUGUGGGCCGCGCACGCCGCGGCGCACCCUGUUGAAGAGAGCGAAUCGGAGCCGGAGGACGGCGCGCAGGAGGUCACGGCGCGGACGAGCAGCGGGGAGCGGCAGGCGCUUGUGCCGGACAGCUUUGUGGUGCUGAUCCGCGCGGAGGGCGAGCUGGAGGCGGAUGCGCGGGCGAGGCUGGAGGAGUACCUUGUGUGGGUCGAGGAGGAGCGGGUCAGGCAGGCGGAGGAGUAUGGCGAGGGGGAGGCGUAA